GACAAAGGCCAAGUACAAAUAUUAUAGAGAAACCACUGCCGCUGAAACCAAAGCAAGGCUGACACUAUAAAACUCCUUCUCCCUUCAUCCAGGUUGACUGAACCAAGUCUUUAGAAUUCACUUUCGAAGAUGGAGAAGAUAGAGCACAAAACAGUGCCCACCAAUGGUAUAAACAUGCACGUGGCGACAAUAGGCACAGGCCCUGCGGUUCUGUUUCUCCACGGCUUCCCUGAACUCUGGUACUCUUGGCGUCACCAGCUUCUCUAUCUUUCUUCCCUGGGUUAUCGUUGCAUAGCCCCAGAUCUUCGAGGGUACGGUGACACCGAUGCCCCGCCUUCCAUCACGUCAUACACUGCUCUUCACAUCGUUGGUGACCUUAUUGGGCUCCUUGAUAAUUUGGGGAUUGAGCAGGUUUUCUUGGUGGGUCAUGAUUGGGGUGCUUUGAUUGCUUGGCAGUUUUGCUUGUUUCGGCCAGAUAGAGUCAAGGCCCUGGUUAACCUCAGCGUUGCGUUUAAUCCCAGAAACCCAAAGCUAAAACCUCUGGAUGGCUUCAAGGCCCUGUUUGGUGAUGAUUUUUAUAUUUGUAGGUUUCAGGAACCUGGAGAGAUUGAAGAAGAAUUUGCUCAAGUUGAUACUGCAAAGCUGAUGAAGAGAUUUCUCUCGUCUCGCAGUCCAAAACCUCCUCGUAUAUCCAAAGAAAUAGGAGUUAGAGGUCUACCAGAUCCUUCAACGUUGCCCCCUUGGCUAUCUGAAGAAGAUGUCAAUUAUUAUGCCACGAAAUUUAACCAGAAAGGCUUUACUGGAGGGUUGAACUAUUACCGUUGUAUGAACUUAAACUGGGAGCUCACAGCAGCAUGGACAGGGUUUCAAAUCAAAGUUCCUGUUAAGUUUAUCGUUGGUGACCUGGACCUUACUUAUCACAUUCCAGGUGUGAAGGAAUAUAUACACAAUGGUGGUUUCAAGAGAGAUGUACCGUUUCUGCAGGAAGUAAUUGUACUGGAAGGGGUAGCCCACUUUCUUAACCAAGAAAAGCCAGAGGAAGUCAAUGCACACAUUUACGAUUUCAUAAAAAAGUUCUGAUGGCAUUUGCCAUUUCAGCAUGCUGCAUUCCUUGAAGGUUUGUUCUGGAUUUUUCAUAUCUAAUUUGGUGGAUGUUUCCGCCUUGUCUGCUUAUCUUGUAUGUUGUUAAGAGGAUUUUCUGUCCUUUAUCAGUUCUAUUUGGCUGUUUUGUUAAGUACAAUCAAUAAAUAAGAGUGGAGGCAGGCCUGCCACCUUGCGAACUGAAGUUGGUUUUAACUUUGAUCAUGUUUACAAAUUUGGGGUGUCAGGCAUGUAAUCAAACCAACAAUAAUAUGAAAUCUUGGGUCUCGAUUA